AUGCAAGGUGCUAGUCGGUCUGUGGAGUCAGAUCCCUCUGAGUGGGAAGGUACGGAUACCUUUUCCCCUGUUUUGCCAAGAGAGCAAUCAGGUAGAGUUGGCAGUGAGGAACCAUCAAAGAACCCUGAAAGGGCACUGGAAGUAAGCAAAGCAGGAAUGGAGCGAAGAAGAAUGUCCGGAGACAUCAUGAGAGAAGAGAGGAUGAAUGUGCAGAGAAAGGAUGUAGGGCUGCAAGUGAAUAUGGAUGAAGAAAGUAUGGGAAAGUCGGAAGAGGACGCUCAGACUAAGGAUUCUAAGAUCUCAAGUUCAGGAGAAGUUGAGCCCUCCAUUCUGAGCACAGCUGCCAAAAGAGAAAACAAGAAGGUCAGAGGCCUCAGAAGGUCGAAGAAGGGCAAGCUUUGGAGGAGGUUGAAGGAUAGGUUAGGUUGUGGUACUGGUUCGAGCUCUGGCUCAGGCCCUAUAAGAUGUGGGCGGUGCGGAAGGCUGCAUAGAGGACCUUGUCGGAUUCGUAUGACGGCAUGUUUCAAGUGCGGACAGGAAGGGCACUUUAGACGUGAGUGUCCUACUGCGCCAAGGAUGGUACGGUCCUAG